GAAUGUGGGGUUUUUUUCAGCCAGAUUCAGCACUCGGGAGUCCCUGUUCCGCUGAAAAAACAGUAAAACAAGCACUCCGAUUAAGGGGGUGUUGUUUGACGUUAUUUGCACUUUUAAAUCUACAUAGGCUACCUCAACUAAGAAUGCACCAGUUGCAAGAGGACUUGCGAAUACCUAACCUGUGUUCGCAUCAGACUAGUUUACGUGUGGUUUUGAAAUGGGGCUACUGUAAUAUUUCUUUCUAGGCCUUAAAGUACUCAUACCUACUGAAUCGUCUUUAAAAUGGCAUUUAAUCAAGCUGGAGUUCUAUUUAAUUUGGUUUCAGUGUAUUACAAUUUUCUGAACUUUGUUAGGCAAUGUUCAGGGUUCAAAUUUAUAGGCCUAUGUUAUCGCUAAUAUUAAGCGGAACAUGUAAGUUUCUCUCCUCUUGAUUUUUUUCUGUCUAAACAGGAUAUAAUUGGCUAUCAUAAUAUUCUAAUUAUGUAGAUCAUCCCACCAAGGUCAGCAAUGCUACUGAGAUAGUGUUUCUCACUACUGAAAAUUUUCACUUCCUACUAAUUACACGAGUCCUAUAAAGAGUCAAGAGCUUUUUUAUUUUUACACCCCGCAUUUGGCAUUCCUUCAGUGAACUAGCUCUUCUGUGAAAACAGACUUGCACCGUAUCUGCAUCCUUUUUCCAGUGUUAACCAUCUUGCUGUGAUAGCUGUCCUCUAGCUAAGAAUCUGAUGAUCAUCUCCUUUCUUUCCUAAUGAGAGAUGGUGAGGUGCUCCAUGUAAUCAAACCCUUCCUCAUUAUGUCAGCUGUGUAUCCCCAGCUGUCAGUCUUGCAAAUUCGGUAGCUUCCUUUAUUUGGACUAUAGGAUGAUAAGAUCUCAAAAGUAUGCUUGGAUUUUCUUCAGUUUUCAUCAAAAAAAGCCUCUAAAAUUGAAUGGAGCCUUGCAGUACUGCCCAAUCUUGCAGUUACAUCUCUUAAUUAGAUUGAAGAAAGGCAGCAUAAUGCCCCAUGCUAACUCUUCUGCCUGUGCUUUUUAAAAUUGUUACAAAGGGUUCUGAACACUUAAGAAAACUGAAAAUCUUUUCAUCAGGUGAGCAACCUUCAAAUUGAGUAGUCCCAUCUAAUACACCUUCAGCAGCUUUCCAUUUCCUCCAGAGACAGUUGAUAGCACCUUCUCUGAGUAUCUGAUAACCUGAUACUUCUAACAGUGUUGAAUUCCUUUUUUCCUUUCAGGCCCAAGUUUCCAGUCUGUUCCUUUGGUUUCUGCUUUCUCCAGGUUGCUAAUGAGAGAUUCUCCUUCUUGUAGUAUCUGUAGCAUUGAUUUCUAGAACUAGUUUUCAAAAAGGUUCUCAUGAAAGGAAUGUCGAAACUUUGUUUCGGAUCACUACUCUCUUCACUUUAGCCACAGACUUGCACUUGAGAAUAUUGGGAAUGUUUUCAAAAGACUGGAAAUACUUCAGGCAGGUCAUAGUAAUUGUUCUGUAAUCCUCUGCACCUGUCAGCUGGUUUAGGUUGUUGCUGACAGUGAAAGACUUCCUCUCAAAGCUGUUUAAAUGAGAAUGUCCCUGGCACAAAGAGUACUACUGACAUGGCUUUUUACAUUACUCUUCCUGAUCAUGCUGGUGCUGAAGUUGGAUGAGAAAGCACCGUGGAACUGGUUCCUCAUUUUUAUUCCAGUCUGGAUAUUUGAUACUAUCCUUCUAGUUAUGUUAAUUGUGAAAAUGGCCGGACGUUGCAAGUCUGGCUUCGACCCUCGCAAUGGCUCCCAAAACAUCAAGAAAAAAGCCUGGUAUCUCAUUGCAAUGCUACUUAAAUUAGCCUUCUGCCUUGCCCUCUGUGCUAAACUGCAACGAUUUACUACGAUGAAACUAGCCUAUGUAUUUAUCCCUUUGUGGGCCUUGCUUAUUGGGGGUAUGGUUGAACUGGGAUAUAAUAUCUUCUAUGUACGAAGAGACUAAACUAUCAUAUGUGGCUUUCAACACUGAGAUUGGUACCAAAUGACUGGAUUGUUAUAGUUUUGCCACAAACUUGAUCUCCAAAUUAGAAUACCAAAUAAGAAAUCAAUCAAGCUGGAGACUCUAUCUAUACCAGGCUGAAGACUGAAAGUAGACUUGUUCCACUCUUUUAUUUUAAAACUGUCACAUAUGUUCUUGUAAAUAAAAGUAUGUGUUCAACACAA